AUGGUGAGACGUGAUCGGAUUGAAAAACCCGAUAAAGAAGAAAAAAAAUUGGCAACCGUUGAGGAAGAAGAGAAAGACUUGAAUCAAGGUUUCGGUGAUUGGUUAAGAUCAACUGACGGUGUGGAAAUGAUGAGGCUGUUUGUAAUAGCCAAUUCGCUGCUUGUUUUUGUGACAAUCGGUUGGCCUAAUAUCCAGCAAGUCUGGUCCAUAAUCAAGGAUUAUGUAAUGGGCGAAGAAGAAUAA